UGAAGCAGCAUCAGCAGCAGCAGCAGCAGCAGCAGUCUUGUAUGUGUGGAUCCUUUGGCAAAGAGGACAGCAGCAGCAGCAGCAGUAGGAGAUACAUCCCAGACCAAACUACCCGAGCAACAUGGUCGUUGUGCGGAUCGUCGCUUGCCUGUCCCUGCUGGUGGGCUUCUCGCUCCAGGUGGACGUGAAAAGUGGGAAAGAGGCAGGAAAAGCUGGGAAUUUCAUGGAAGAUGAGCAAUGGCUGUCAACCAUUUCCCAGUACAGCCGUAAGAUCAAACACUGGAAUCGCUUCAGAGACGAAGUCGAGGAUGACUACAUCAAAAACACGGAGGAGAAUAUGGGGUCUGAUGAAACCGUGGACACCACUAAGGACCCGUGCCAGAAUGUGAAGUGCAGCCGCCAUAAGGUGUGCGUCGCUCAAGGCUACCAGAGGGCCAUGUGUGUCAAUCGCAAGAAACUGGAGCAGAGAGUAAAACAGUCAGGGCAGGUGGAGGCCCAUGAAAACAGCUGCAAGCCUUGUCCUGUUACUGCCUCCUCACCUGUAUGUGGCUCCGACGGACACAACUACGCCUCCGAGUGUAAGCUGGAGCAGCAAGCCUGCCUCACGGGCAAAGACCUGAACAUCAUGUGCACUGGCUUUUGCCCCUGUGCUGUGGCCUCCGUUCCCGACACAAAUACCGACACAAAACGUGAGAGCUGCACUGGCCAGGACCUGGCAGACCUGGGCGACCGCCUGAGAGACUGGUUCCAACUCCUUCAUGGAAACGCGAAGCAGAAUAACUCUGGCAAGCUCGGAGCUGGCGCCGCUUCAGUGCUGGACAAGAGCCUUGUAGCCAGCUGCAAGGACUCCAUCGGCUGGAUGUUCUCAAAGCUGGACACCAACAGUGACCUGUAUUUGGACCAAGCUGAGCUGGCUGCUAUUAACCUGGACAAGUACGAGGUCUGCAUCCGACCCUUCUUCAACUCCUGCGACAGCUACAAGGAUGGGAAGGUCUCCACGGCGGAGUGGUGCCUCUGCUUCUGGAGAGAAAAGCCGCCGUGCCUCGCUGAGCUGGAGAAGAUCCAAGUGCAGGAGGCGGCCAAGAAGAAGUCUGGGAUGUAUAUUCCAAGCUGUGAUGAGGACGGAUACUACAGGAAAGUGCAGUGUGACCAGAGCCGGGGGGAGUGCUGGUGCGUCGACCAGCAUGGUGGAGAGAUGAUGGGUACCAGAAUCCAUGGCAACCCCGACUGCGAUGAAGUGGCGGGAUAUUCUGGAGAUUUCGGGAGCGGUGUGGGAUGGGAGGAUGAAGAGGAGAAGGAGGCAGAAGACAACGGAGAGGAGGCGGAAGAGGAGGAAGAGGAGGAGGGAGAGGCAGACGAUGGCGGAUACAUCUGGUAGAACUGUCUGACCCUGAGCGGGGAGAGCCGAGUCACAGCUGCUGGCCUGAAAAUCGACAGGGAUGGCUCUCUCCUUACAGCAAAAGAUUUUGGGAUCGGACUGGGCAGGCAUGGAAUUGUGUAUCAUCCUGGUGGGAUAUGUGGUGCUGGUCCAGGGAUGACACGAUGACCAGUUUUUGUCUUAGAUAUGUGUAAUUGCUUCAUUCUCCUCUCUGUCUUUUGAGCAACAGAGCUUUUUGUUUUGCCGUCCUGUAAAGCAGGACCCACCGACUACUGCGCCAUAGGUAGCUAAAGUCCAUCAGAAUUCCUAUCUUGUCCGACCGCCAUCUAUGCAUAUAGAGAUUACCAGUAAUUUUGUAUCGUGUGAACAAUUGCUUGAGUAUUAGAGCCGUCGUCCCACUGGAAUUACCAGAGAUCUGAAUUUAAAGGAGUUCAACAUUUUUGGAAAAUACGCUUGUUUGCCUUGCUAGAGUUUUAUGAGAAGUCAGAUAUGAAGCUAGAUCUAGGAGAUGAUGAUUAUAGCUUAGAAUAAAGACUGGAAACAGAGGGAAACAGAUGCUUGUUGCUCUGUCAUUAUGUUGCAUUUUUACGUGCCAGAAAAAGAAAUAGUCCGUAAAACUGCUACAAUUUCUGACAGGUUAAACAAACAGGAUAUGAUGUGUUUAUUAUUUAGUUUAAGGGGUUGCUGUCAGGUGAAUAUUGUUACCGUUGGACACACCCUGACCUACUGUAUGCUACCUGUUCCAGCACUGAACAGCAGAAGGACAUGUAGAAACUAGAUGGUGAACAUAGUGGAGCAUUUAGCUGCUUAAAAAAGGCAAAUAUUUCCCACAGUAGUUGGUGGAGACCAAAACAGAGCAAAAAGAAGAGCAAGUACUGAACAUUUUUGAUUCAUGAAGUGGCUCUGUAACUGUUGAAUCUGUAAGGUUGUUAGUAAGAACUUAUUUCUGCCUCCCCCAAGUGGCCAAAGAAGUCAAUUAUUAUCAAGCUCAUCUACGCAUCUCCCAGCUGUAGCUUCAUAUUUACCGGUGUUGACCUUCUCAUCUAUCUUGGCUAGAAGCGCAUUUCCCACAAAUGUCGAACUAUUCCUUUAAAAGCAGUCCAGUGCAAUGUGGUUAUGUAUUUCCAAACUGAUUCUGUACAUAAAUCCAGUGUAAAUGAUCUGUGAAGUGAGCAGCUUAGAGGAUUUCAGGUCACUUACGGUGUCAAGCUACCUUUAUGAUAAAAGGGUGCACUGCAGCUCACAGCGGUUUUUAAAUCUUACAUGCUUUACAGAUAAAGUGAAUACACACAACUAUACAGGACCUACAUUUCCAGUUGGAUUUACUUUUGUUGAAAACCUGUAGAAUGUACUUUCAUGGCCUAAACUGCACCUACAGUAGGAACCACUAGUCGCUCUGAAACUCUGAAAUCAUGUCAAAGAAUGUGCCACAAUUAUGUUUUAUUGAGUUUGCAACUUGAGAAACUUGUAUUUUGUGUUUAUAAAAAAAAAAUGUGUGCAUUACUUGAAGUUCUGUGUGUAUACUUGAAUCCACAUUGUAAUUUUUUUCUAUGAGAACAUUGUUGCCAUGUCUUCAUUCAUGCUAUUGGUAGGCCAGACGUUUGGUUGUUUUUAGUAUUGCAUGUUAGUAAAAUAAGAAUGUACUUCUAGGCUGAGCACUUUACUAAUAAAGGCACUGGAGCCAAACUGUAUGUUGAA